AUGUAUCGCAUAUGGAACAUCUACGCCCUCGCCGCCUUCGGCACCAUCGGCGGCAUGCUCUUCGGCUUCGAUAUCAGCUCCAUGAGCGCCUGGAUCGGCUCCGAGGCCUACAUGGAGUUCUUCAACCACCCCUCCUCGACCAUGCAGGGCGGCAUCACCGCCUCCAUGUCCGGCGGCUCCCUCGUCGGGGCCCUCGUCGCCGGAUUCCUCGCCGACGCGUUGGGCCGUCGCGGUGCCCUCAAGAUCGCUUCCGUUAUCUGGAUCAUCGGCGCUGUCCUCCAAUGCUCGUCGCAAAACGUCGCCCACCUCAUCGUCGGCCGCAUCGUCAGCGGUCUCGCCAUCGGCAUUACAAGUUCUCAAUGCUGCGUGUACCUCGCUGAGCUGGCUCCCUCCCGCAUUCGAGGCCGUAUUGUGGGAAUCCAGCAGUGGAGUAUCGAAUGGGGCAUCCUCAUCAUGUAUCUCAUCUCCUACGGCUGCGUCGUCUCCAUGCCCAACGACCCGAAGGCCUUCCGCAUCGCGUGGGGCGUCCAGGGCAUCCCUGGUCUCAUCCUCGGCAUCGCCCUAUUCUUCUUCCCCGAGUCUCCCCGUUGGCUGGGCCAGAAGGACCGCUGGGAGGAAUGCCACGAGGUUCUCGCCCACUUGCACGGCGGCGGUGACCGCGAGUCACCCGUAGUUCUCGCCGAGUUGGACGAGGUCAAGGAUGCCGCCCGUGUCGCCGCCGAGUCCAAGAACAUCGGCGUCUUGGGACUCUUCGGACCCAAGAUCUGGAAGCGCACUCUCGCCGGGUGCUCGGUGCAGGUGUGGCAACAGCUGCUCGGAGGCAAUGUGAUGCUCUACUACCUCGUUUAUAUCUUCAACAUGGCCGGCAUGAGCGGUAACGUCGCCCUCACGUCCUCGAUCAUCCAGUAUGUGAUCUUCCUCGUCACGACCGGCGCCAUCCUCCCCAUCAUCGACCGCCUCGGCCGCCGUCCCCUCCUCAUCGGCGGUGCCAUCAUCUGCUGCAUCAUCCACUUCACCACCGGCGCCGUCAUGGCCUCAUACGGACACGCAGUCGACUCCGUCGAUGGCAACGACAUUCUCAAGUGGUCUAUCCAAGGGCCCCCGGCCAAGGCCGUCAUCGCCCUCUGCUACAUCUUCGUCGGCGUUUACGGCCUCACGUGGGCGCCCAUCGGCUGGAUCUACGCCGCCGAGGUCUUCCCGCUCAAGUACCGCGCCACGGGUGUCGGUCUCGCGGCGGCUUCCAACUGGGCCUUCAAUCUUGCCCUCGCCUUCUUCGUCCCGCCGGCCUUCACCAACAUCCAAUGGAAGACUUACAUGAUCUUCGGCACUUUCUGCUUUGCUAUGACGUUCCACAUCUUCUUCACGUACCCCGAGACCGCCGGCAAGACGCUGGAAGAGAUCGAUGUGCUCUUCGACUCAGACAUCCCUGCCUGGCGCAGCCGCAGUGCUGGUGUGCGCUUCGAGGACCGCGUUGCUGCUGUGGAGGAUAAGAAGGAUGGCAUGAGAGAGGCCACUCACUCUGAGCAGGUCUAA